ACUAACUUAUGAAUCUUUUGGGUUCCAAAAUUUGCAAGAAGAAGAACAAAUGGCAUUGAGAGCAGCUGCUACAGCAUGUAAAUUUGGCGGAAGGCAGAGAAACCCAACUCUCUUUGCAAUUCCUCUCUAUCUCCAACCCAAGCUUCAUCAGAAUCAACCCCAAACAUUCACAUCAGCUGCUCCUAUUCACCAACCUGGAUUUAAAUCUGCAAUAAGGGCUGGGGCAGCUGCAGAUCCCAUAACUCCUCCCAAGAAAGGAGAUGAUCAAGAACCAACACCCCAGAAUUGGAAGAUUAAAAUGCUUUAUGAUGGGGAUUGCCCUUUAUGUAUGAGAGAGGUGGACAUGCUAAGAGAGAGAAAUAAGCUCUAUGGUACUAUCAAGUUUGUUGACAUAAGUUCAGGUGACUACUCCCCAGAGGAGAAUCAAGGGCUGGACUAUAAAACUGUUAUGGGAAACAUUCAUGCCAUCCUCUCCGAUGGAACAGUAGUCACUGAUGUGGAAGCAUUCAGAAAGCUGUAUGAACAAGUAGGGCUUGGAUGGGUAUAUGCCAUAACCAAAUACGAACCUAUUGCAACUAUAGCUGGUGCUAUUUAUGGUGUUUGGGCUAAAUAUCGUCUCCAAAUCACAGGUCGACCGCCUUUAGAAGAGGUUUUGGAGUUGCGAAAGAAGAAGGGCGAAGUAUGCAAAGAUGGAAAUGCCUGUAAACUUCCAGAGUAACUGCUACUAGUCCAGAUACUGAAAGUUUGGUGUUCCGUUGCUCCCAUUUUCUAUCAUCUUCCAAACUUUGGAGUUUAUAUGAGCCCAUAUCAACUACUGGAUUUCUUUUUUUCCUUUUUAGCUAGCACCAAACACUGGUAUACUAUAGAAAGGCAUGGGGAGUUGCUCUCUCUUAAUUGCCCCUGCUCUCUGCCUCAAGAAAAAGAAUGCAGAUGUAGUCUCUUUCCAAAUUUAAAUACCACUUGUUCACAGGAAUGCAGAUGUAUAAAAUUUCAAACUCAUACAUUGUUUUCCCA